AUGACUAAGCUUGUUAAUUUGCGUUUCAGUGAGUUCAUUGGGCAUGAGUAUGGGAGCGAGGGGGUCUUGGCCUAUUCUGUGAAUCCAGGUGCAGUGGCAACCGAGAUGGGAGCGAAGGUAGCACUGGAUACUGGGGCACUUCUUGUUGACUCUGCCAGCGUUUGUGCAGAUAAAAUCCUUAUUUAG